GUGUGUGUGUGGUCGUAUUUUCUUUCUGUGUCCCCUGUGUGAUGUAGUGUAUCAUGCGCAUUAUAUUGUCUGUCUCAUACAGAACCCAGUGCAACGGACAGUAGCAGGUGUGACAUUCUCAGUGUGUUUAUAUUCUUGCUCCUUCCAGAGAAGAACUUCUGAUUUAACCUUUGCAAGAGAAAAGGCAAAUUAUUAACCUCACCAUGUUCUCCUUGGCUCCCGCUCCUCCCAGAUUUUUCCCGGCCCCCCACCACCCCCAUGGAAAUUUUUCUGAAGCCGUCCCUGCUGAAUGCACAGACCAAUAAAAAAAACAAUUUCUUGGUGCGUGUGAAUUCCCAGAUCUAGUUUCAAUAUUACUUGGAAAGAGGAAGGGUUGCGUCGCUGGCUGAGUGUGCGCUCCGACUCCCGACUCUCUCUCUCCAAUCCUGCCGCUAAACCGAGGAUGGACAGAGGUACAGAGACCACGCCGAAUGACCGUAUUAUCCACACCUUGGACAACAUAGUCAAAAGAGAGAUGACCAGAGUCGAGAAAGAGCUGAACCGAUUCAAGAAGAGGCUGACCAAAACACCCCCACAGGGGGGCGACGAGAAAAACGAGAAAGCGGAACUCUGGAACCUAGCGGGGUUGCUAAUCUUUGGCAAUACAUUCUCAGCUAACAACACUUUCGAAGGAACCUCGCAGAUGUCAUCAGAGGAGAGCGUGCCAGGUGAGGGGGCUCAGGAGGCUGAACUCCAGGCUAUCAUGAGUCCAUCAGAUCCAUCAUCUGUCAUCUCCACUCCUCCAGACUCUACAGUUCCUGAGGAUCCAGCAAGGAGUCCACUCAUUACCCCAGCAUCUGUGUCCCCUCCUGGAGAGAUAAAGAUAGAGUCUGUGGAAAUCAACUCUGUCUCUCUGAGCUGGGGCAGUCCUGACAAUAUGGAUGGGAUCCCACACAGCUUUCACAUUACCUACUCUAGCUCUGAUAAGAGUCACCAAGACUCCAUCACUGCACCCUCUAAUUCCACAGUCAUCUCUGAGCUGAGACCUGGGAGAGAGUACAGCUUCACAGUCACCACAGUGCUGGAGAAUGGGACCCAGAGCACGCCUGUUUCAACAUCUGCCUGCACAAAAUUGCAUUUCGUGGACCAGCACUGCUACUCCUUGAUCCAAAGAGUGGUGGCUGUAGCGACCGUUGCUGAUGCCCUGCUGGGCAAGAGAAUGCUGCAAGAUGCACAGUACGAUGAGGUAUUAGUGGAGAAGGUUCCCUCAGCCCAGAUGAGAUUGCUCUACAAGUUCUCCAGGGCUUGGGGAAACAGCGAGAAAGACGUCUUCUUGGAAAUCCUGGAGAAACAGCAGCCACACCUGAUCAGGGACCUGCGGGGAGAUUAAACCGCCUUUUCCUUGGAAACCGAGCCAGGAGCGAGUCAGCAACUGAGCUGGGAUUUCAGCCUCCAGCUAGAAAGCACUGUAGUUUUCAUAGCCCACAUCUGAAUGUGUUUGAGUGCCAGCAUUGUCUGUGUGUGUUUAUCGAUCGAAAGACAGCCAGGUAACCAUGGGGGAUCCCCCUCCCCCCUCCCCCCUCCGUGGGGUGCUUUUACAGAUAGAAUCGCGUAGCUUAAUAGAAUCAAUAAGGUUUGAAGGAAAAUUAAUCCAGCUGACAUUUGAAUAUCUGUUUUAAUUAAACGCAGAACUGUUUGUUGUUUA